AUGGAAGCUAAAAUGAAGAAAGUGGUAGCAGUGGUAACAGGUGGUAGCUCUGGGGUGGGAAAAUCUAUCGUCGAGCGGAUAAUUCGUAAUGAAGGAAGAGUUAUAGUGAUUGACAUUGAUGAGGAAAAAGGCCAAGCUGUUGCUAAAUCUUUGGGAAGUAAUGUAGUGUUUGUUAAAGCUGAUGUUACAUCCGAGAAGGAAGUAAAAGAAGCGCUUGCAAUUGCAAAAAAUACAUUUUUGAAGAUAAAUGUCCUGAUAAACUGCGCCGGGAUUGUAAAGUGGGGCGCCCCGUACGAUUUCGAGCGAAAUGCGGCCUUGUCAAUAGAGAGCUUUCAAAAGGUGAUGGACGUAAAUGCUCUGGGGACUUUCAAUGUGACGCGUUUGGUCGCGGGGCUCAUGGGGGAAAACGAACCUGACGAGAAUGGGGAAAGAGGUGUGAUAAUUAACAUCGGAAGCGUGCUGGCAGCCGACGGCAACGUUGAUUUCUUCGCUUACUCUGUCAGUAAGGCCACGGUUGUCGGAAUGACAAUACCUCUUGCACGGGCCUUUGCUGAUAAGGCAAUCAGAGUGCAAUUGAACGAAGCGAUGCUAAAGUUGAACUUAUUUCCAAAACGACUUGGCCAGCCGGAAGAAAUCGCUCACCUGAUCCAGUGCGUAAUUGAAAAUCCGUUUAUCAACGCCGUUAAUCUAACAAUCAGCGGUGGAUUUCAUCAAACCAACUAG